AUGAAUUCGAAAACUAAAUGGACGUUUCAAGAGCUUCAGAAAACGACACAGGAGGAGCUUCUACAGAUAGUAGCAGAUUGUGAGGCAAUAUCCGACGCUCAGGCUAUAAAUUCCGAUCUUGAAGGAGAAAGUGAUGCCGACGACAAUCUUCCAUUGACAAAACAGUUUAUUCCCAAGUCAAAACCUACCACCAGGGCAAAGUCAGGCAUCAUUGUUUCAAGAAGUGUAUCAGCCAAUACUUCUACCACUUCCGGUAACGUUUAUCAAGAUGAUUCAGAUGAUUCUGUAAAAGAUCCCGAUUAUGAAUAUUCUGGAUCAGACAGUGGAUCUGAGAUGACUAAUGCUUGUAACAGUGGGAUGAAUGAAUGUCAAGGAGCCUUAGACAUCUCAACAAAGGACGUUGAAAAUGAUGAAGAUGAACCAGAAGAGACAGGUGCUGAUGGGGAUGAUGUCGAGUUCAUUUGGACGAAAAUUGGAAGCCAACCAAAGACCUAUAAAGAUUUCAACUAUAAUCAAGGUGUCAAGGAUAUAGUUGGAUUGACAAAUGGAACCAUCGAUUCACCUGUGCAGUAUUUUCACGCAAUAUUCUCGGACGUAGUAUAUGAUAUGAUUAUUACCGAGUCUAACAGGUACGCAGAGCAAAAAGGAGUUGGUUUGAAUUUACAACGGGAUGAGUUGCAAGCGUUUUUUGGUAUGCUACUGAUAAUGGGCUUCCAUACCCUGCCAAGCCUAAGAUUGUACUGGUCAACAGAUCAAAACUUCCAUGUAAGCCGCAUAAGUAACGUAAUGUCACAAAAGAGGUUUCUACAUAUUCUUCGCUACCUUCACCUAAACGACAAUGAAGUUAUGCCACAGCGAGGACAAGAGAACUUUGAUAAGCUAUAUAAAAUACGUCCACUUGUUGAUAUUUUGAACGAACGAUUUUCAACCCUUUACGCUCCCUACAGGGAACUCUCCAUUGAUGAAAGCAUGGUUGGUUUCAAGGGUCGUACUACGUUGAAACAGUAUAUGCCCAUGAAACCAGUGAAAAGGGGAUUUAAAGUUUGGGUGAUUGCUUGUUCUCGAACCGGUUACAACUUGGGUUUCAAGAUAUAUGAAGGCAAAGAGCAAACUGAUUCGGCAGGUAUAAGCCUGGGAGAAAGAACCGUUCUUACAAUGUCUGAUAAAUAUAAUGGUGAGGGGCGCUGUCUCUACUUUGACAACUUUUUCAAUAGUUUUCCAUUGCUCAAAAUGCUUCUUGCAAAAAAUACAUUUGCAUGUGGCACACUAAGGAAAAAUAAAAAGUUUUUCCCAAAAAGUAAAAUGAGGAACGAUAAAUCCCUGAAACGUGGAGAAUCUGACUAUUGCAUGGCCGGUGAUAUUUCUGUAUACAAAUGGAAGGAUCGAGGUACCAAACCAGUCCUACUUGCUAGCAAUUUUCACGAUCCAAGGGAAGAAACAACUGUUCUUAGAACGAAUGCCCAAGGGAAUCGCGAGGAAGUUAUUUGUCCAAGUGCGGUAUCAGAUUAUAAUAAAUAUAUGCUGGGUGUGGACAAGUUUGAUCAGCUCAUGUCUCCAUAUAAUGUCUCUUGGAAAAGCAGGCGAUGGUGGAUGAAACUUUUUUACUUUGUUUUUGAUGCCUCAGUUGUAAAUAGCUACAUUCUCUACUCAGAAACGAAAAAACAGACUAAAGAGAAACCAAUAUCUCAACUACAGUAUAGGAGUAUUUUAGCUAAUCAGCUGAUCGGUUCAUUCAGUGGCCGGAAAUCAAUGGGGCCUAUACCACAAAUAAACAAAAAUAAAAUCAACAAAAUCAAUGGCCUUUAUCCGCUCAAGAAACGCGCACAAGAUAAGUUCAGAAGCACAGAUAUAACAUCUUCUGAGUGUCACCGCUGUAUCGAGAAAAACGACAGGGGCGAUUCUGGGUCUCGGAAAAGCCGACGUCGCGGAGUGGAAAACCGAAGUUUUACGAAGACCCGUCUGGCGAUAGCGACGAGCGUCGGUGGACUGAACGCAGAUCUGAAACUGGUAGAGCUGGCAAAGCCGGUAAAACACAUGCGCGAGUGGACGAAUACGAGAACUGCGAAAAGCUUUCACCUGUGGUUUUUGCUUUUGCUAGUCGCAGAAAUGUAA